AUGGAUAACUUGCAAAACCCUUCCCACUUCCAGCAGAAGUUGCUGGGCCCUGGCAAAAUCAUCUUGAUACUCUUCCGCCUCAUCAAUAUCCUCGCUCUUCUUGCCAUAGCCGCGGCCGCUUGGAUUCUCGUCAUCGAAUUCUUCAUACGAGGUGUCCCUCAGUGGCAGCCAUGGCUGCUUUGGGAUCUUUGCUCACUCUGGGCCGUUGCCUUUACAGCGAUCUUCUUCGUUGUGUCAGAGAUCGCAGACUUCAUCACGCCUCUUCACGACUACUUUGCUGAAGUCUGGCCUGUCCUCUCAGACGACCACGGCUUCGUGUGGCUCGGGACUGCAUUCCUCAUGAUGGGCUUCAACGUUCUAUCACACCUCAACAACCCUGUCAACCAGAUCUCCAGCCUCGGCUGGCCACUUUGGAGGUCAUGCAUAUCGUGUGGCAUCAUCAGCGUCGUAGUUGGCGGCAUCAACAUGGUACUUACAGCUGUCUACAGCUUCGGAGGUGGACUCAAGGCCCGGGCCGUCCGCUCGGGUCGCCUUAACCCACGCGCAAUGGCUAUUUCGAGCCCGACAAACCUCAGCGAGAAGCUCUACGACCUCGAGAGUGAAGCCGGCUCAAUGCCGCAGCGACCGGCCGACAUCCACCCUGCUUACAUCUGGAGAACCGAUUCCACAUCCGCUCGGUCUAAAAUGACUAUCAGCCCAGCAUCCAGCGUGAAUCACGGCUCGUCAUUCGCGCGCAACAACAGCCACAGGAGCCAGAGGCGCUACAGCGCAGCUGCCAUGAGCCAGUUCUUCGGUCCACCCCACCAGGCGGCUGCCAGCGUGGCAGGACCCUACGACGAUGACGAGAGGAAUACGACAUUGAGGCCGCCACCAGCUGGUACCUAUGGAAGGCACCCGGCUCCUCGGCAACAAAACUUUUUCUAA